AAAUCACCGGUUCUAUCUUUAGGUUCAAAGUAAAAAUAAUUUUGGCCUAUAAAAUUGCCGGAGAAACGAGAGAAAGUUGUGUUCUAAAUCUGCACCGUUCAUAAGUUGUUUUAUUAUUGGUAUUAUCCUAAAAACGCAUAAAGCUAUAAAAAUGGCAUCAGCUGAAUGUUUGCAGCCUAUGAAAGUGGAGAGUAAUGCAAGCAGUGAUGUUAUUUUAACACAGAAGGAUGAAGUAGCAAGCGUAAAGGCAGCAUACCCAAACAGGUGUCGUGUAGUUUGUGAGGUUGGCUCGUACAGUCAUGUGGUCACCGUACAGCCAGAAAAUCUGGACGUCACCAUUAAGCUUCAGCUCACUUCUGCAUAUCCAAGUGCUGUACCAGAGAUUAGUAUUCGAUCAGAGUCGAUUACUGAGGAAAAUAUUCUAGAACUACAGCAGCAACUGAAGGCUUUUGCUAAAGGACUGACUGGUCAGUCCAUGAUUAAAAAAAUUGUUGAAGAGGCUGAAAUCCAGCUCUAUGCACUUGGGCUAAAACCUGGCAAGGCCAGCGUUUUAAAAACACAGACUGACAUUGGGAAGAAACAAAAGAAAACCAAGAAGCCAAAGAGAAAGUUUAAAUCUGAAGAUGAAGUUGAUGACAAUCAGAAACUGCCGUCCAUGAAAACUGCUGACGAUGUUGUGAAGAGAAUAAUUUGGGAUGAUAAUUUAGAAAAAGAUGAUUUUAUUGUUGGGUAUUUUGACAGGUUUAGGGGAUUGGUUGAAAAAUGUUUUUCAUCCUUCUCAUGGGAGGACCUGGCUACAGUUGAUUAUGAUGUUCUGGCAGUGCCAAAGCAUAGGAUUCAGUACUUCAAGUACAAAAAUGUGAAGGUAUGGGACAAGUCUAAAAGAAUUGAUAACGUCUUUGGGUCAGCUGAAGGGACAAAGACUAUCGAUGUGGUCAUUAAAGAAGUUGAAGAGCUAGAAAGUUUACAGAGGGCUACUGGUGUUUACCCACACCAGGCCGAUAGUUCAGAGGAUGACGACAGCUCUGACGACAGUGAUGAUGACAACAUCACCGUUUCAAUUGGUCAGUCCGCAAAUAUCGGAAUUAAAUCCCCGCAAAAUCAAGACCAAUUAGAUGAACAGGCGGAACAAAGAAACGAAGCAAGUAACGGGUUUAACCCAUACUGGAGAGACAAACUCAGACCAAAUUAUUUUUUAUGUGUCCGGGUAAGAAACGAAGCUAUACUAGACAAGAUUGGAAACAUCCAGGACUUUUUAAUGGAGCAGGAGCCACUGUUCAGCGAGUGCUGCAUUCCUGGCGUGUCGCUUCACGUCACACUAAACACCCUAGGACUGGACACUAAUGACCAGCUCCUCCACUGUAUCCAAGUCCUGAAAAAAAUAAAACCAGAAUUGGAAUCUGCCUUGCCGAAAUCUUCCCUAAAAUUACAUGGCGUUUCAAACUUUUAUAAUAGAGUUAUCUAUGCUAAAGUACAGUAUGAAAAAGAUUUCUUGGAUUUUUGCACUUUGUUAAAAACUCUUUUAACCGAAGGGGGCAUACAGAUCAGGGACGGGUAUGAAUUUGUCCCGCAUGUAACGAUCAUGAAGACCACUAGGCCAGUGUCCAGGGCUCGUGGGUCUAAAAACGUCAGUUCCAGUUUGUACGCCAAGUUUGUUGAUACAGAUUUUGGUGAGCAGAACAUUGACAGUAUUUACCUGUGCGCUAUGGGAGAUGAGCGCAGACAAGAUGGAUUCUAUGUGACACCUGCAGAGUUACACUUCAAUUCCACAAGCUAAUUUUUUUUAAAAGUACCAUACAUAGGUCAAAAGAAAGAGGGAGACCCAAAUAUACCAGGCAGAGAAUUUUAAUAAGUUUUAAAACUUGGAAAUAAUGGAAUAAAUAGAAAUGGACAAAAAAAACAAGGAAGGGUUGAAAAAGGAGAAGAAGAAGAUAUUUGUAAAAAGUUUAGAAAAACUAGUUUUGCUAGUGGUAUGUAUCUAUAGUGCGCAUUAUAUUUUGGAGUUUAUAAGCUUCUUGUAUACAAAUGAAAUCAAUUAAAUGUAAAGCAUCUGUGAUUUGUUAAAAAAAUUAUACUUGGUCUAAUUUCUGUACAUUUUAUUUAUUAUUUUGUGAUGAUUAUAAACAAUAAUUUAUAUUGAUGCAAUAAAUAAUUUAUCAAAUGGCCA